GAGUAUGGGAGAAUAAAAACGUUCAGUCUAAGAUGGAGGAUGAAUCUUAAAAUUGGAAGUGUUACGUGAGAAAGUUGGCCUUCUGCUAAAAAAAAUUAGGGUCCCUAGUGAAAGAACAGAGGUUUCGAGUCAUCACUAGGACAAACAAUGGACCCAUCGACGUGGUCUGCCUAUACACAACAUUACUCUAGACUAGGUAGUACUGUGGGUUCUUCUCCUGCAUCUUUCUCACAACAAGCUCAACUGAGUGAAUUGGGAUUGUCAUCUACAUUAUCACGUCAAGAUCAUGUUGGAAGUUAUAGUGCUGGAACAACUCCUCAUCCUUUUCUUUUAGCACCUCAUCCAGGAUUAAACCCUCCACAACCUCCUAAUCAUGUUGAGGCAUCAUUCAAUUCUGCCAAUAUUUUGUCUUCUGGAUAUGAACAUAACCUUCUUUCUGCUCAGUUUCAGUCUGCUGCAGCAAAGAGCCAUUUUACUGGACUGCCAACAGGAGCAGGGUUUUUGAAAGCAGCUCGCAAAGAACCAGACUUGAGUGAUCUUCGAGGAGGAUUUGCUCAUCGUGGAAUGACUCCAAAUCACAUGGGUGCUGGUGCCAACAUGGCAGCAGCUAUGACAGGAACUACUGGAAUUGGAUCUGGAGCACUGUUUAAUCCACAUAUGGCUGCUGCUUCAUGGAGACAUUCAAAUAUUGUUAGUCCUGCUGGAAAUCCAUUUGGAUCUUUUUCUUCAGAAACAGUUAUGUCAAGAUCUCUUGCAGUUGAAAACAGUACGGAUAAACUUCAAACUCAAGUGAGCAAGUCUCCCAGAGGAUCCAUUGGGGGACAACUGAAUGAUCAAGACUUAGCUCAGACGUAUAGGAAUAUUUUGCCUUCACCUGCUCGCCCUCCUUCCUCAUUGGUGGAUUCCCAGAAUACUUACUCUUCUCCCCUAACAAGACAAACAGAUUCCUACUUGAAUAGCGUAGCAGAAUUAUACGCUUCUAAACCGGAUUUUCGUGCUUAUUCGUCAAAUUCAAUGAUUCCAGCAUCUCAUAAUUUAGUUUCUCAGCCAUCAUACUCCAGUUCUACAUAUGCUCCUUUAGAUCUUCAUAUGGAAAAACAAAAUGGAUAUAAUACACAAUCAGAACAAAAAAUGUCAGAUGGUACAACUGAUAAAGAGUCAUUCUUACCAACAACAAGUGUAAUUGUUAGCCCUCAGUUUCACCAUAUACAGACUCAGAGACAAGGCCCCAUAACCAAUAGGUCUGGUUCAGAAGAAACCAAUGGUAAUGGAGAAACACUAAUGUCUCAAAAUGUUCAGAACAUUCAUUCGACACAUUCUUCAAAACAUCAGCUUGGAAGUAGUCCUGAAUUUAAUGAAGAGCACAUUUUUAAUUUUGGGAAUAACAUGCAAGAACAUUCACCUUUUGCAUCUUCUGCACCUCCUUCAUCUAAAAGUCAUUGUUCUUCAGGCUCAGCAACACAAGAUUACAGUCCACAAAAUAUAAGUCACAAUACUUCACCUGUUAUGCAAUCAACGUAUCCGCCCAUGAGCACACCAACACAAGCACCAACUCCUGUUCAUCCUUCUCCUUCAGUGUCUGUUGGACAAGCCUAUGUUCCCAAUUCUUUUGUUUCUAGUCAUGAGGAUGCCACUGCCAUAUACUCUUCUGUUAUUACUCAAGCUGGCACUGUAUCUUCAAAUCAGACCAACUUUUCAGCUCAAAGUGAUCCUUCUUCCUCUCCAAAAUCUCGUUAUAAUGGAGAGCAUACAGCAAUUUCUCAAUCUUCUGUUGAAAGCAAUCACCUAGACAUGAGUGAACAGGCAUUCUUUGAUCAGCUACAGAAUCAGAUGCAUUCUCAUAAUGUAGAAGAAAACUGUGUUCUUGAUGUUGUCAGUACUCCUCUUGGUUCUGAUAGCCAGAAUGGUGUUAGUGCCUCCAGAAACCUAAUGGAAGAAGAUCACAAUAUGGUACAUAGCAAUGUACAAGCAGAGGAUCAAGACUCUCCUCUAUGUUCCAUUAAUAGUGCACUUGGAAUGGAAGAAACAAGAACACAGUCAGCAAGUAUGCAGAUGAAUUCCAUGUUGAAUGGACCACAACCACUACAUCCACACAUGCAUCAAUUUACUAACAUGAUGUCAGCUGAAGAAAGGAUGAAAGUUUAUGAUUUUGAUGAGUCACUUGAGCCAGUUGCCAAUCAACCAGAUAAUUUCCAGGUGACGGGUUUUGAAAGAAAACCUGGUAAAAGGGGAAGACCUAAAGGUAGAAAAAAUUUCAAGAAACGCAAAACUAAAAAAAGUACCUGCAUGGGAACUGACAUCAGAAGAUUAUAUGCAGCUGAAAGAAGCACAGAAGAGUUGGACACAUACUCAAAGGUCUUUAAAUGGUUUAGUUACACAGAAUGGUAUCAGUGAAAACCCUUUUCUCCAGUCUUCUCAUACGUCACUGUCAAUACCACAGCAAAAAAGAGUAGCAACUGAUCAUUUACCACAUCAUCAUCAUCCAUCCUCU